AUGAUGGGCGGUGUCGCAAAUUUCUUACCUCUUGAAAUUUCUACGAUUUUAACUUUGAGGACCGCUAUUGUCUUCGGGGCAUGCAUUGGCUUUUCAGGCUCUGUUUUCACUGAAAAAGUCCAGUCCGAUGUCCUGGUCCCUAUCAUUCCUCUGUUUUGGCAUUCAACAGACCUCCGCAUGCAAGUGAUGGCAGCUCGUACUUUCGGGGCUCUCAAAAUUGCUGUCGAGAAACUCACCAAACUAUACUCCCAUCCAAUCCCGACCCUCGAACCCGAAGAUCCAUAUCUUAAAUGUCCCUACCCUCGGAGUUAUACCAAUUCCACCGGUUUCAUUCAGGAAUUCUCGUAUGAUGAGACUCAAAUCCUCAGGGAUCGACUUAUUUUCUUCAGGGAAACCGUCGGCGAUGCGGCUGGGAGCAAGAUAUGCAUGAAGUUUGUCAGGCACUAUUCCCCUCAGGCUCACGAAUUCUGUGCCAGCAAGGGGAACGCCCCCAAACUUAUCGCCUACAAUUCUUUACCCGGCGGCUGGAAUCUGGUGGUUAUGGAUGCCCUUGAUAUUGAUAAUGAUUGCUUUCCGCAACGACCUGGCUCAUAUCGACUGCUCAGUGAGAUAAGUGUUUUGGACCGUCAGCCGCUGAAGGAGACCAUCACCUCUCUCAUCCGGGAGUUACACAAUCACAAUGACGGCUACGUUCAUGGCGACCUUCGAGAUACCAAUUUUGUUGUGCGGGACGACAAACACUUCAUGCUGCUCGAUUUCGAUUGGGCUGGACCAAUCCAGCAGACACAUUAUCCUAUGUAUGUCAAUCGGAAGGAUAUUCGACAGCCUGACAGUGCGUGGGAUGGGCAGAAGAUUGUGGCGGAGCAUGACUUGGAUAUGCUGAAUUAUCUAUUUCAUCCUGAGCAAGAUGUUCGGGAGCCAGCUGCAAAGCGCCGCCGUAUAUUUAGUGAAGGGUCGCUGAUGGUCAUUUGA